AUGGAGUUUGAGUGGUCUUCUUCUGAACUUGAUUUCACCUUCGCUUUCAAUGACGCCAAUUUCUCCGACAGGCUUCUCCGGAUUGAGAUCAUGCCAAAUAGUGUCAGUGUCACCACCAUCGCUGACCUUACAACAUUGCUUGAUAAACAAGUUUUAAACGACUCGGUUGAUGCGCCGCCACCUAAUUCAGACACUGCCACCGUCGCCAUCUCUAAAAAAUUGCAUGUCAAUUCUGCUAUCCUGGCUGCUAAAAGCCCUUUCUUCUACAAGCUUUUCUCAAAUGGGAUGAUGGAGUCACAACAGAGACAUGCCACCCUCAGGAUUAAUGCAUCUGAAGAAGAUGCUCUUAUGGAGCUAUUGAGUUUUAUGUACACGAAUACAUUGAAUAUUACUGCAGCACCUGGUGUUUUUGAUGUGCUUAUAGCUGCUGAAAAAUUUCAAGUCCCUUCAUGCAUCAGAUAUUGUAGUAACUGGUUAUUGCGAAAUUCGCCCUCCACAUUACUUUGCCUCAAGCAGCUUUCUUAUACCGAUGUAUUCCAACCAUUGAUUGAUGCUGCAAAGCAGUGUCUUGUUGACCAAUACAACGAUAUAACCAAGUUACAGGAAGAGGUUAUGGCCUUGCCUCUUUCUGGAAUAGAGGUAAUCUUGGCUAGUGAUGAUCUACAGGUUGAAUCAGAAGAUGUUGUAUAUGACUUUGUAUUAAAGUGGGCUAGACAACAUUACAACAAUCAGGAUCAGGAAGAGAGGCGAGAAGUUAUGGGCACACGCCUUGGGCCUUUAAUUCGCUUCCCUUUUAUGACAAACCAAAAACUUAAGGAGGUCUUAACCUGUGAUUGUGACUUUAAACAGCUUGUACUUGAAGCUCUAAUUUUCAAGGCGAAGGCUCUACAUCUCCAACGCCAACAAUUACUGGCAGCAGAAGAGUUAAACCAUCAUCGUUUUGUGGGGAGGGCAUAUAACUAUAUGUAUCACCCUGUCAAGGUGGUAGAAUUUGAAUUUCCCUUGCAGCAGUGUGUGGUGUACUUCAAUCUGAAGCGAGAGGAGUGUGCCACCUUGUUUCCAUCUGGCCGACUGUAUUCUCAGACAUUCCAUUUAGGCGGACAAGGGUUUUUUCUAUCUGCAGAAUGCAACAUCGACGAACUGGAGGAUGACUUAUGCUUUGGACUGUUUUUGGGAAUGCAAGAAAAUAGUUCAGAAAGCUUGACUGUGGAAUAUCAAUUUGCUGCAAGGUCCAAGACAAUGGAGGACAAGUUUGCUUUUCAGCAAUAUGGCAUUUUUACAUUUAUUGGGGGCAAGGUUGUUGGCGAUAAAAACUUGUUUAUUGAAUCAUGGGAUUCGUUCAUUGCUGAGGAUAGUCGUUUUUUCAUUAACGAUGUUCUCUAUCUUAGAGCCAGUCUCACCAUCCAACAUGACUAACCAUUGAACCCCGAUUUCUGUUUAUGAAUUUUUUAUUCUAGUUGGUAGCGUUUUAAUUUCUUAUUUCCCGUUAAAGUACUUACAAAUUUUG